AUGGCGGGAAUUCGUAGCUCAUCCAGGAAGAAUAAAGGCAAGAACAAAAGAUUGCAGGAACUCGAAAAGCUGGAGAGUGUGGAAAUGGCUGCAUUAACUAAGGGGAAAAGAGGCAAGAAACGAAAGGUUUCAGAUGAUGAAAAAACCAGCAUUGCCAAUAAGAGAUACAGAACGGCAAACGAUGCUGGUUGGGCUGAAGUAGCAAAAAAAUUAAGAAUUACAAGUGACGGUGUUUGCUGCUUACCGUGUGGAACUACAGACCUGAAUUAUAACGAGGAGGAAGAUACAGGACUUAUGAUUCAAUGUGAAAAAUGCAAGUUAUGGCAACAUUCGAAGUGUUUACUUGGCACUGAGGACGACAAGCUGAUUCCUGAACAUUAUAUGUGCAAUGUGUGCGAUGCAGAAAAUCCAAAAUAUGCCAGCCUAGAGCUUAAGUUGACAUGGAGUGGAUAUAUUGAUCUGAUGAGAAAAGGAAAGCGUAUGAAGAAGGAAGAUUAUAUUUUGGAAGAAGAGGAAGCACCUUUAAAGAAGGAGAAAAAGGAAAAAGGUGAGGAAGAGGAAAAUGGGGAGAAUAACGAUGAAGAAAAGAAUGGUGAAGAGAAGACUGAUGGAGAGAAUAUUGAUAACGAAAAGAAGAUUGAGGAGAUGAAGGGAGAGAAAAAAGAAGAAGAAAAAAAAGAGGCAGAUGCUGAUAAUAUAAGUGCUGAUAAUUCUAAAACGAACGUCCGUGUAGAAAAACUCGAGGAUAGUAAAGAAGAAGGUGAUGUUUCUGAAAGUAUAGAAAAAGCAACUGAUGCUGAAAAAGACGAUGCUGACUAUGUUGAUACGCCAGAUGAAACACCAAAAAAGAAGAAUGUGACAAAAGAGCCGGCCGAUAAGUCGAAGCCGCAAGCAAGAAAGGAGAAAGACAAGAACUCUGCAGUUAAAAAUUCUUCAGUCUUGGAUAGAAUCACGAAAACAAGAUCUUCUGUGACUCAGCAGUUUGCAAGAAAGUUCAAAGCAAAGCUUGAGACACUCAGUAAGGAUUUACAGAAUGAAGAAAAUCCUGAUAAGUGGGCAAAGAACUUGGAAGAAGAGCUUUAUAAUGCAUUUCCAGCAGCGGCCGGAAAUAGAGGAUUGGAUGAGUAUGUGAAAAGAUCGCGGACAUUGAUAUUUAACCUCGGGAAAGCAAACCUUAUGGAUAAGAUUGUGAAGAACGGGUUCAACUUUGCUUCGAUCGUCCGUCUUACACCCGAAGAGAUGAUGAGAGACGAUUAUAAGGAGCUCGCGAAUGAGGUGAAGAAGCAAUCCAUGAACCAGACAAUUCUUCCUGAUACAAAUGAAAGAGUUAGAAUACGCAGAACUCAUCGUGGUGAGGAAAUUGUUGAAACUGAUGAGUUUGGUAAGAAAUCGGUAGAAGAUGCUCGUUUAGAAGAGAUCGAGAAUCUACGGGAGGAAAGAGAACGCAAGUUGAAGGCUAAAAAGGAAAAGGAGUUGGAGACUGUUGGUAUGUUGGGUGUUAUGAAUGGUAAUGGGGAAGAAGAUGACAGUGUGCAAAGAAAGAAAGUUCCUCAAAGUGUCGCCUUUUCGAUCCCCAUGACCGGCAAUUUUGAGGAUGAAGAUGAGAGUCAGUUCACUGUUGAUGAUGGACUUCAGAAGGGGAAAUCUUCCGGAGACGCUGAUGAGAUUGAUGAUGAUGAUGAGUUCAACAAGAUUUUAGAAGGUGUUAGUGCCAAGCCUGAUAUGCAUGAGGGAAAAAGUGGGAAGGAGAGAGAUGAUAACGAUACAAAGGAAAGUGAUAAGGGCAGUGCGAAGGAUGAAGCAAAUGAGAGCAAAAAAAAAGAAGAGAGUGUUGAUGAUAAUGAUGAUUAUGACUACGAUCCACUCGAUACAAUUACAGUUGACCCCACAAUUUGGACGGGAAAACUUGAAUUCCCUGGUGCUGGAAUCAUUACCACCAAGGCUCUGUUUAAAUGCAGUACAGCAACCGAAAAGCACAAAGGAAAUCUAGUUUCCAAGGCCAAAAAGAUGUUGGCAGAGAUGAAAUCGGGCUCAAACGGAUUGUUCAACGCUGGAAGACUUUCAAUGUCUACGGCAGACGAUUAUCUUAUGAAGGUGAUUCAAUCAAGAGAUUUCUACAUGGAUGAACUCGUUCCAUACACGGACGAAGAUAUAUCACCCGUCGAAACACAGGCAAACAUUUUUACCUUCAUGAGAGUCUGGAACUACUUUCAUUCUCUGAGAAAGUUUGGAGUUCUGGACGGUAGACCUGAGUACGUUAAAGAUUGCUACAUAGUUUGUCUAUCACGUGAUGAGACGUUGAAUGGCUUCAAAGUUCCAUCUUUCCUGGACUUUUUCGACAGAGACAAACUUUUCCGGAAGCUGGAGAAAGAGAAGGAAAACGAGCCAGAGGAGGAGUAUGAAGCUAACGAUAAGAAGAUGUUUAUCGUGUUUGUCGCUAGGAAGAAUUUGGACUAUAUCUUGGAGUCUAAGAAAGAAUCGUUUAAUGAGCCUCUUGCUUCCAUUAUGGAUCAGUUAGCUUCUUGA